AUGACCACGAGCGGCAGCAACGGCAGCACCUGCAGAGCGCAGGCGACAACUGGGGACCGAGCGAACACACUCUUGGAGCAGCAGCAGACACCGGAGGUGCACCGGCGACGAUGUACCCGUAUGGCGCGCGCGGACAGCGCGCGAUGGAAGGCGAGAUCGUGCCAUGGGCCUUGUACGACUUGUCAGGCUGAGAAUCCGGAUUCCCUCGACACUAUGAAGGACUACUUCCGCCGCUUCCGCGCGGCGCGACAGAAGACCAUCGAGGGCGCUGAGUACGAGGCACUGCAGAGGUCGUGGUGUGCCAUGAUCAAGCGCUGGAACCGCAUGCAGUACAUGGGGCAAAGCUUCGUCAGUUGGCUGCUGUACCGUGAGGAGAUCCUCAAGGAGUAUUCGCUCACGGAGCUGCGCGAGCGUGUGUGCGAGAAUGCUUGGGCUGAAGACCGCUCGUGUUACGUUCAACUUCGGGAAGGCUGUCGAGUGUGUGGAGAGUCCCGACGCCCGACGCAAGACGAAUGGGCACAACACGUCGCUGAGAGACCACUCAGCGCUGCAGAGUCGGCUUGGAUCGCCAAGUACGAACGGACGCUCUCCAACAUCAGCAACACCGCUUUUCACGGCGGCUCACGCACGCCACGGUCGGCACGGAGCGCGUCACCAGCGUGUGCACGCCCGCGCACACGUUCGCGGUCGCCGCGGGGUGCUCCGCGGGAGCUCUCACCGUCGAGAGGCCGGAAUCAUAGUCGCGAACGACAUCUGGAACAUCACGGAGGAGAUUGGCGCGUGGCUCCCACGUAUCCUCCUCGGGAGGGAACCCAAGCCAACGAACGCGGUAUUUACGUGCGUCAGGAACAGCCUUGGCGGAGCGACGGCCGCGAGCGAACUCGUGGGUGGGAUCCCUAUGAUAGACGAUUCGAUCCACUAUCCAGAGAGUCUCGCCCGCCGAAUCAACAAUCGGCGGAGGAGCGCUACGGCGGUACAGUCCCUGUUUUCGCUGCUCACGACGCUGAGAAGAUCGCGCUGCGCGGGCUGAGGCACUCGUGA